GUAACUCGUUCUCUUUGGAACAAGUGAACAAUGUCGGCGAAGGCUGUGAGCGAGUUAUCUGGAAAAGAAGUUCUCUACAAAUACUUCGAGCCAAGCGGACUCCUCUCAGCUCCACAUGCGUUUCACGUGAAGGCUGGCGAAAAUUUUGACGAAAUUGCAAACAAGUACGAGUGGCUCGCACGUGAUAACAAGGGAGUCAUCAAGCCCGACCAGUUGAUCAAAAGACGUGGAAAGCUGGGUUUGGUCAAGAUUGGAACACCACAAGAGUUGAAGGCAUGGUUCGAGAAAACUGGUGACAGUUAUGUGAGAGUUGGUCAAACCGAGGGACGGCUUCACACUUUUAUUGUCGAGCCAUUUUGUGCACACACUGAAAAGGAUGAGAUGUACAUUGCGAUCUACAGUGAGAGAUUUCGUGACGUCAUCAUGUUCUAUGAGCAAGGAGGUGUAGAUAUUGGAGAUGUUGAGGAAAAGGCUCGCACUGUAUCCGUCCCCGUCCAGCUCAACGAGAAUGCCAUGACCCCCUCGGAUGAAGAGCUCACCACCCUCCUGGGCCCACUCAAGGACAGUGACAUUGUCAGAAGAUUUGUGGUAGAGCUCUACAAAGCCUACAAGGACCUACAUUUCACGUAUCUCGAGAUUAAUCCAUUUGUCCUUUUGAACAACCAGAUUCAUGUUUUGGAUUUGGCAGCUAGGCUUGAUGAAACCGCCAAUUUCUUGUGCGCAGACAAGUGGAAGAGCCGUCUGACACCAUAUGGAGGACCGAACCACGUGGAGUUCCCAGCUCCGUUUGGACGUGAUUUGACGUCAGAGGAGCAGUACAUUUCGGAGAUGGAUGCGAAGACGGGAGCUUCCUUGAAGCUGACGAUUUUGAACAGAAAGGGAAGAGUUUGGACGAUGGUGGCUGGUGGUGGAGCUUCAGUUGUGUUUACCGACACUGUCUGUGACCUCGGUGGAGCAUCAGAACUCGCCAACUACGGAGAAUACUCUGGAGACCCGUCUGAAUCGCAAACCUAUGAAUACGCAAAGACACUCCUCUCCGUGAUGACCGAAGGUACUCCGAGACCUGAUGGAAAAGUCCUCAUCAUCGGAGGAUCCAUCGCCAACUUCACAAAUGUUGCUAAAACUUUUGGUGGAAUCGUCAGAGCCUUUGAAACGUUUGUCUCAAAGCUCAAAGAGCACAAGGUGACAAUUUUCGUGCGUCGCGGAGGCCCAAACUACCAGGAGGGACUCAGAAGAAUCAAGGAUGCUGCGACAAAGUUGGAGCUGCCAAUUCAUGUAUUCGGACCUGAGACUCAUAUGACGGCGAUUGUUGGAGCAGCGCUCGGAGUGAAGCCAAUGCCAACAGUUCCGACAGCUCCACAGACUACCGGACAGUUUUUGUUGAGCCCUGAGAGAAAUACCGGAGGCACUGAGAGAGCUCCACCUUCGCCAGCAGCCAACGCCACUCCAACUGAGCACCCACUCACCACUGCCCAACAGAACAAACUGAAAAGCUUCCGUGGACUCUUCGAGGACGACACCAAGGCCAUCAUCUGGGGACAACAGGCUAAGGCUAUUCAAGGAAUGCUGGACUUUGACUAUGUCUGCAGAAGAAGCUCCCCGUCGGUUGUCGCGUCCACCUACCCGUUCACUGGGGACAACAAGCAGAAGUACUACUUUGGGCAAAAGGAAAUUCUCAUUCCAGCCUAUAAGUCGAUGGCGAAGGCUUUUGCAACUCAUCCGGAUGCUUCUAUCAUGGUCACUUUUGCCUCGAUGAGAUCUGUAUUUGAGACUGUUCUCGAGGCGCUCGAGUUCCCACAAAUCAAGGUUAUUGCGAUCAUUGCUGAAGGUGUCCCUGAGAAUCAGACUAGAAAGCUGUUGAAGAUUGCUCAUGACCGUGGAGUCACCCUUGUUGGGCCAGCCACCGUCGGAGGUAUCAAGCCGGGAUGCUUUAAGAUUGGAAACACCGGUGGAAUGAUGGACAACAUCCUUGCCUCAAAGCUCUACCGCCCUGGAAGUGUCGCCUAUGUAUCUCGCUCCGGAGGAAUGUCCAAUGAGCUUAACAAUAUCAUUUCACAAAACACUAACGGAGUCUAUGAAGGUAUUGCAAUUGGAGGUGACCGCUAUCCGGGAAGCACGUACACUGAUCACGUGAUUCGCUAUCAAAAUGAUGAUCGUGUGAAGAUGAUUGUUCUUCUCGGUGAGGUCGGUGGAGUUGAAGAGUACAAAAUUGUGGAUCUCCUCAAGCAGAAGAAGGUGACAAAGCCAUUGGUCGCAUGGUGCAUCGGAACCUGUGCAGAUCACAUCACAUCGGAGGUUCAAUUCGGUCACGCUGGAGCAUCUGCAAAUGCUCUCGGAGAAACCGCUGCCUGCAAAAAUGCUGCUCUCCGUGCUUCAGGUGCCCUUGUCCCCGAGUCAUUUGACGAUCUUGGCAACAAAAUCCGUCAGACGUACGACGAACUUGUCAGCCAACAAAUCAUCGUUCCACAGCCAGAAGUUCCACCUCCAGCGGUGCCGAUGGAUUACGCGUGGGCUCGUGAACUGGGACUCAUUAGAAAACCAGCUUCCUUCAUGACCUCAAUUUGUGAUGAGAGAGGAGAAGAGUUGAACUAUGCGGGAGUACCGAUUACAAAGGUUUUGGAGUCGGAUAUGGGAAUCGGUGGAGUGUUGGGAUUGUUGUGGUUCCAGAAGCGUCUCCCACCACAUGCCAACAAAUUUAUCGAGAUCUGCUUGAUGCUCACCGCCGAUCACGGACCAGCUGUGUCGGGAGCCCAUAACACUAUUGUGUGUGCUCGUGCUGGAAAAGAUCUGAUCUCUUCGCUCACGUCUGGUCUACUCACCAUUGGUGAUCGCUUCGGAGGUGCCCUCGAUGGAGCCGCUCGUCAGUUCUCUGAGGCUUUUGAUCAAGGAUGGUCGGCGAAUCAGUUUGUCAGCGAGAUGAGAAAGAAGGGAAAGCAUAUUAUGGGAAUUGGACAUCGUGUGAAGAGUAUCAACAACCCUGACAAACGUGUGGAGAUUCUGAAAAGAUUUGCCAUGGACAAGAAGGAGUUUGCCCAGGAGACGCCGUUGUUCGAGUAUGCUCUUGAGGUCGAGAAGAUCACGACCGCCAAAAAACCGAACCUCAUUCUCAACGUGGACGGAGCGAUUGCGAUCUUAUUCGUCGAUAUCCUUCGCCACAGUGGCAUGUUCACCAAGCAGGAGGCCGAGGAGACAAUCGAGAUUGGAUCGCUCAAUGGGCUUUUCGUUUUGGGUAGAUCUAUUGGAUUUAUCGGUCACUACUUGGAUCAGUCGCGUCUGAAGCAGGGAUUGUACCGUCAUCCAUGGGAUGAUAUUUCCUACAUUAUGCCGGAGAGCAACUUGGUAAAGUUUUGA